GGGAGAGAAGGCCCCGCUGUCCCAAACUGGCGCAGGGCAGUGCCUGCGUUUUCGUGCCAGUCAGGCAGUUUCCAAGGGCAGGCAGUUCUCUGCUCCUGCCGCCGCCUGUCAGAACUCUGGGAAUAGGAGGAAGGACCAUUUUUGUUCAGUUCUGAAAAAAAGCAGCAGCAGCCAAACAAAACAAAUAGGGGGCGGGGGUGUGACUUAGAGCGAGAGGCAGGGCAGGCGCGUGGUUGGUAAAUAACCUCCGCAGGUUCAGCCAGUAGGAAAUGAAGGGAGAAUGGAGUUAGCACCUGGAGAUUUUUACAGGUCCCACGAGGGAAUAAAGUGCGAAAACGUCCUGCGGAGGACGCCCAGGAUCUAGAUUAAGUCUGAAGACUGGAUGGAUACUGCUGUAUAAACUUCUUCAGGUUCAGGGUCCUCAUCCCACCUCAUCAUGUCUCGACGAAGCCAGCGCCUCACGCGCUACUCCCAGGGUGACGAUGAUGGCAGCAGCAGCAGUGGAGGGAGCUCAGUGAUGGGGAGCCAGAGCACUGCGUUUAAAGACAGCCCUCUCAGGACGUUGAAGAGGAAGUCCAGCAACAUGAAGCGCCUCUCCCCAGCACCGCAGCUGGGCCCUUCCUCCGACGCACACACCUCCUACUACAGCGAGUCUGUGGUCAGGGAGUCCUACAUAGGCAGCCCCCGGGCCGCCGCCCUCGCCGCCUCCCUCACUAGGAACUCCAUCCUGGACGACCAGCUGCAUGGGGACCCCUACUGGAGUGAGGACCUGCGGGUGAGAAGGAGGCGAGGCACAGGUGGCACUGAGAGCAGCAAAAUCAACGGGCUCCAGGAGAACAAGCUCUCUGAGGACUUCCUCGGGUCUUCCUCGGGCUACUCUUCCGAGGAUGACUACGUAGGUUACUCAGAGACAGACCAGCGGGGUUCAGGUUCACGGCUCCGAAACGCUGUGUCUCAGGUGGCCUCUUUUUUCUGGAUGGUGGUCACUUCUCCAGGCCGGCUCUUCGGACUCCUCUACUGGUGGAUUGGCACCACUUGGUACCGCCUCACGACAGCUGCCUCCCUCCUUGAUGUCUUCGUUUUAACCAGGCGUUUCUCAUCCCUGAAGACGUUCCUGUGGUUCCUCUUGUUGCUGCUGCUGCUGACUGGCCUGACCUAUGGAGCGUGGCACUUCUACCCCUACGGGCUGCAGACGUUCCACCCCGCCCUGGUUUCCUGGUGGGCCGCGAAGGGCAGCAGUGAGCAGCAUGAGGUGUGGGGGUCCAGAGACUCGUCCCCACAUUUCCAGGCUGAGCAGCGCAUUCUGUCCCGGGUACACUCUCUGGAGCGGCGCCUGGAAGAUCUUGCUGCCGAGUUUUCCUCCAGCUGGCAGAAGGAGGCCCUGCGGCUGGAACGCUUGGAGCUGCGGCAAGGGGCAGGGGGCCAGGGAGGCAGCGGCGGCCUGAGCCAUGAGGACACCCUGGCGCUUUUGGAGGGGCUGGUGAGCCGCCGAGAGGCCGCCCUGAAGGAGGACUUCCGCAGGGACACCGCUGCUCGGAUCCAGGAAGAACUGGUCGCCCUGAGGGCAGAGCAUCAACAAGACUCAGAGGACCUCUUCAAGAAGAUUGUCCAGGCCUCCCAGGAGUCUGAGGCUCGACUCCAGCAGCUGAAGUCCGAGUGGCAAAGGAUGACCCAGGAGUCCUUCCAGGAGAGUGCUAUGAAGGAGCUAGGGCGGCUGGAGAGCCAGCUGGCAGGCCUGCGGCAGGAGCUGGCAGCCCUGACCCUGAAGCAGAGCUCGGUGGAGAACCAAGUGGGCCUGCUGCCCCAGCAGCUCCAGGCUGUGCGGGACGACGUGGAGUCUCAGUUCCCUGCCUGGAUCAGCCAGUUCCUUCUCCGAGGUGGGGGAACCCGUACGGGGCUCCUUCAGCGAGAGGAGAUGCAAGCUCAGUUGCAGGAGCUGGAGAGCAAGGUCCUCGCCCACGUGGCCGAGAUGCAGGGCAAGUCGGCGAGGGAGGCUGUGGCCAGCCUGGGGCUGACGCUGCAGAAGGAAGGCGUGAUUGGGGUGACAGAGGAGCAGGUGCACCACAUUGUAAACCAAGCUCUGAAGCGCUACAGCGAGGACCGCAUCGGGAUGGUGGACUAUGCUCUGGAAUCAGGAGGGGCCAGUGUUAUCAGUACCCGAUGUUCUGAGACCUACGAGACCAAGACAGCCCUCCUCAGCCUCUUUGGUAUCCCCCUGUGGUACCACUCCCAGUCUCCCCGAGUCAUUCUCCAGCCAGAUGUGCACCCAGGCAACUGCUGGGCCUUCCAGGGUCCCCAGGGCUUUGCUGUGGUUCGCCUUUCUGCCCGCAUCCGCCCCACUGCUGUCACCUUAGAGCAUGUACCCAAGUCCUUGUCGCCCAACAGCACCAUCUCCAGUGCCCCCAAAGACUUCGCUGUCUUUGGGUUCGAUGAAGACCUGCAGCAGGAGGGGAUGCUCCUUGGCCAGUUCACCUAUGACCAGGAUGGGGAGCCCAUUCAGACAUUUUAUUUUCAGGACCCUCAAAUGGCCACGUACCAGGUGGUGGAGCUGCGGAUCCUGACUAACUGGGGCCACCCCGAGUACACCUGCAUCUACCGCUUCAGGGUGCACGGGGAACCCGCCCACUAAGCCUUCUCUGCGCUGCCGGCCAGCUGGGAGGCCAGCGCCUCUCAGCACGUGCCCCCUUCUCUGGGGGUAGGUGAGCAGCACCCCUGCCACUUCCCCCACACGCUUGAAGCACACUGACUUCCAGGAGCAAGAAAGAAGAGCCCUUGGCCCAGUGGAGACGAGAGAGAACACGCAGGCUUUUCUUGACUGGCGGGCAGCUCGGUGGGGACAGCAGGCUCCGGUGUCUCUCUUCGUUCUUUGCUCUCUGCGUGCCAGGCACCGGCCACUACUCCUGGGAGGGUGUAUAUAUGUAGCAAGUCACGGGGAAUGGAGGCAGGGAGAGACAAUGAGUGCACAUGUUCCAGCAGAAAUGGGUGAGACCUGCUUGCCCCUUGCCCGAGGGGAGGGCCAGCAUCCAGAGAGCUGCUGUUGUAAACGAAGCAGGUGCCAAAGCCAUCAGUACCAGGCUGCAGCCUGGGGCAGCUGAGCUGCGCCCCCUCCCUAGGCAGGGAAGUGAGGCCCUCUGGGAGGAGGGUGCUCAGGGUGCAGGUUGGGACUGGUACCCUGGCAGGAAGCUCCUGGGAGAGGGCAGCUGGGCUCCCCCAAAAAGCUAGCGCCAGCAACCUAGGGGAGCUUAGUCCAUGGGUUUCCUGAAGGGCUUCUAUACACUGUAUUUGUCCUGGGUCAAGGUGAGCCAUGGCGCUUCUUGUACCCUAGAAGGUCUGGCUCCUGUGAGCUUCUGAGGGUUGCUGCCUGUGUGGCUGAGGCUGGAGCCAGCCCUAUAGGAUUCCCUUCUGCUGGGACAGUACUUGCUUUCUCUCUGAUGCUAGGACUGGGGCACUCUGCUCCCCAUUCCUGCUAGGGCCUGCCCGUGUCCCAGAGCAAGAUUGCCACAUUCCCCCAGGGUGCGGGGAGCCCUCAUUCUUUGAGGCCACGGCCAUCUGGGGCCAGCUAAAAGUGUAGGGAGCAGGGGACUCCCUGGACUCUGCAUUGUUGGCUCUACCCUAACCCUCAUCAGGCCCCUGAUGUAAGAGGCCCCUAACCCUCAGCCACCCUGUUGGGGCUUUCUCAGCUCUUGCUCAAUUCUGUUUCCUUUCAGACUCAUUUUCUAUGGGGGGUAGGCAGUCAGGGGUGGGGGGCUGGGUGAAGAGGGUGGGGGCUGACAUGUGGGCUUUUGGACCCAGCAGUCCCUGAUGUAUUAUGUAUAUAUUUUUCAAGGUCUGUUUUUUUAACUGAAAAGCUAAGGGCUUGAUUCCUAGCCCCGUUCUGUGGGGCAGUGGGUGAUUUCAGUUCCUUGUAACCUGGCUGCCAAGAGGGGCUUGGGACACUGGUUCCAACUCUGGGUCAUUCUGGCCUGUGGGGAGGGGGCAGGAAGGGCUGCUGUGCAGGUGGGUGCCCCGAAUGGCUUCCUGGAGGAUGGAGCUGGAAUGAAGGCAAGGCUCCCCAGCCACCCUGUGGUCCUCCAGCACUGGCCUCUGCCCCCAGACAACCAGGUUUUGCGCUCUCCUGUCACAAAUGCUGCACUGUUGGUUAAUUUUUUAAAUCUCCAGAUUCUAAUUUAUGCCUAUGCAAAAAAUAAAUUAUGCCCAGGAUUAA